AUGGAUGAGCUGAGCGCGCUGCAGGACGACAUCGCCACUUUCUCGACGGAGGAAGCCAGGGCCAUCAUCGAGAAAGAGUUGGGGAAGAGCGUGGACGAGGUCUUUUCCGAUUUCUCAGCUGAGCCGGUGGCGGCUGCGAGCUUGGCGCAGGUCUACAAGGCGAAGUUGAAGGACUCCGGUGUGGAGGUGGCGGUGAAGGUGCAGCGCCCAGGCGCGCUGCCCACCAUCAGCCGGGACCUGUACGUCAUGCGGAAAGCUGCCGCUGUCACAACCGACCUCGCGUCGCGCUUCACGAGCCAGCUGACCGACUGGAAGGCCCUGGUGGAAGUAUUUGGGGAGGGGCUCUACACCGAAUUGGACUUUCGCAACGAGGCUUUGAACCAGCAGAAGAUGAAGAAGCUCAUCGAAGGGGAGCCUCGGUGCUCCCGGGUGGUCGUUCCGGAGGUUUUCAUGGAAUACACAAGCCGCCGAGUGCUCGUCUCGCAGUGGGUGGAUGGGAUCAAGCUGACGAAUCUCUCGGCGGAGCAGAUCCGCGACGGCAUUGCUGAUGCUCAGGAGUGCUUCCUACAUCAGCUGCUGACCUGGGGGUUCUUCCACGGCGACCCACACCCGGGCAACCUCCUCUUGAUCAACAGCGGGCCCGAUAAGGGCAAGCUGGCCAGGACCCUAGAACCCUGGUUUGAGGGUUUAGGGUUUAGGGUUUAG